GCCCGCGCCCGCAGCGUUCACGUCAGCAGAGGGAGAUCAGCACCUCGGACAGCAGCCGCCGGUCACUGAGAAAGCCGCCACAGCUCCUUGCCUGCCCACGCAGCUGCUGGGAACGCGGCAGAGGCGCGUCAACCGCCGGAGGAGAUGGACGGAUGACCGGAGGGGGGAAAAAAUGGCGAGCUGUUUACUGGAUGACAGUCAGCUUUUUUCCCUCCCUGUUCCGGAAGUAGUGGCUGCUAAGGGUUCAAUCUCCAAGCCGACCAUUUCGAGGAGGAAAAAAGAACCAUCACCGCCAUACAUAACUGAUCCCAUGAUCAAUGCCUUCGCUGAGGUGUCACAUCUGACAGAUGCGGAUCCACGCGCAUAAUCGGAACAUCCAGGUGCCUUCUUCUUCUUCUUCUUCUUCCUGCCUCUCGUUUAUUUGGCUCCUGGCUCGCGCUCAGGUGCUGAUCGUGGACAUCGAGCGAGGACAGAAAAACAUGGGGCUCUGGGGUGUUUUUGCAUUUCUGCUAUAGGCUUGUGAAAAUGCAAAUCCAAAGGGCUGCAUUUCUCAUCUCGAUGAGGAUUGUCGGGGAGGACGGCGCGGAUUGUUUUUGCCUUUGAGAUAAAAAAAAGGGAGAAGAAAGAAGGAGGAGGAAAAAAGCGACCAUGCUCUGACGGAGGAUUCAAUAAUGGACAAUAAAACAAAAAGACAAUAAAAAAGACCAAUUUUAUCUCUUCUUUUUCUAUUUUCUGGAUUAUGAUUCUUGACAAGAGUCCCAGAUGUAAGUGUGUGGAUGGGAUGCCGUUAGCGUUAGAUUUUACAUCUCUGAUGCUUUCCUUUCCACUCCGUUCUCUUUCGAUCUUCUGCUUUGGGUAGCAAAAACAUGUAGGCUGUUAUUGUUUUUUUAAAUAAUUUCCUUUGCCUGCAAGCCUCUGAAAAUGAAGGUGGAGGAAAUGGAGCAGUGAGCGCGCAGGCAGGCAGGCAGGUUGUGGUGUUUUCUGGGGUGCGGUGGAGGACGCAUCUCGACGGAGAGUUGUUUGAGUAAUGAAUAUUGAGAGAGAGUGUGUCGGCCAGCUGAAAGGGAAAAAUCUUUCAUCCGCAUUGGCUUCGACACACAUGCCAUCAGUGGAGCGGGAGCCCUCCUUUCUCCUGAUAGAGGAAAAGCCUCAGAAAAGCAUGAAUUUUCCAGGCUGAAUGAGGAGAAACUCGGAGCAGUGAAGCGCAUCUUUACGCAGACAAACAUGUUCAAGUAUCGGAUCCGCAUGUUUUUUAAUGAACUCAAAGUCCUGGUGUUUAUGCGAUCCGAUUCAAGACAGUCCGGCUCAGACACAGAGAGGCGCACCACCACCACCACCUCCACCAUGCGCGGUUUGGGGAUGGGCGGCUGCGGCUGGCCGCCGUUCGUCGACUGCCAUUCCCGGGACGACGAGGAGGAGUAUUACGGCAGCGACCCGCGGCCCCGGAGCCUGGCGUUCGAGGACAAGGAGCCCAAACUGCAAGUGGGCCUGGACGCAGUGUCCCUGACCAGCACCGCCAGCAGCCUGCGGACCCCCCAGUGCCGGAUCUGUUUCCAAGGCCCCGAGCAGGGGGAGCUGCUGAGCCCGUGCCGUUGCGACGGCUCUGUGCGCUGCACCCAUCAGCCCUGCCUCAUCCGAUGGAUAAGCGAGAGGGGCUCCUGGAGCUGUGAGCUUUGUUACUUCAAGUACCAGGUCCUGGCUAUCAGCACCAAGAACCCACUGCAGUGGCAGGCCAUCUCUCUGACGGUGAUCGAGAAGGUGCAGAUCGCCGCCAUCAUUUUGGGCUCUCUAUUCCUCAUCGCCAGCAUUUCCUGGCUCAUCUGGUCCUCCCUCAGUCCCUCAGCCAAGUGGCAGCGUCAGGACCUGCUCUUCCAAAUCUGCUACGGCAUGUACGGCUUCAUGGACAUCGUCUGCAUAGGCCUUAUCAUCCACGAGGGAUCAUCGGUGUAUCGCAUCUUCAAACGAUGGCAGGCUGUCAAUCAGCAGUGGAAGGUGCUGAACUAUGAGAAAUCAAAAGACUUGGGCGACCCGCUCAGCUCAAACAGUAAGACUGGCGCCCGCGGUUCUCGCUCCAGCCCUCACGGAGUGGCCAGCAGCGGCGGCGGGCGGCAAAGCAGGAGGCUAAGAACUAUUCUGAACCACCACUGUGGAUACACCAUCUUACACAUCCUGAGUCAGCUGAGGCCCAACGACCCGCGGAUCAGCGCCGCCGCCAACCGGGAGGUGGUGAUGAGGGUCACCACCGUAUGAGGCGGGGCCAGGCAGGGGAUAGACUCCAUCUCCGAAGUGAAACAAGUGGAAGAACGUAUGGACCUAUUAUUAAACACUAAAGACUCCAGCCGGAAACCCUGCGAGGAGCUGAACGGUGCCUGGAGCAUCAACAGACUGAACCCUUUGUGGAUUUCUCCUCUUGUUUCGUACAGCAAAAAGGAAGCCAGAUGCUCCUUUUCAAUAAAUAAAAAAACUGAUAAAAAUAGGGACAUUAAACAUGAAAUGAACAACGGGGGGAUUGUAAACAGGCUUUAUAACCUGAUCCAAGAUGUUUUUCCAGCCCAAUAUCAGGAUAACACACAUUUCAAUCCUCCAGGUUUUAUUUACAUGUCCUUUUCUUUUCCUACACGUUUUGAUUUUCUACUGCUUUUAGAGGAAAUCAUGUGACUCCGUACAUGCCAAACGUUUCUAACUACGUGUAAUGAUCUUUCUACAAAUGAUGCUGGCAAAUAGACCGAAAUACUGAGACGAAGCAAACACGGGGGGAGUGUGGAGGCGUCAACACAACAAUAAAUCUCUACAAAUAAAACGAAAAAAAGUCAAAGAAAAGCCAAUCAUUUUCCAGUCACACCUAAUCUUUAUCGCAAUAAGAACGUGUAUGUACAUUUCACAAAGAAUUUUGCAUGGAUAUAUCAUUUUAUUCUUCAUCACACAUAGACAUGUCAAUUUUACUCUAUUUUAAAAAGGUGCUUGCCAAAAUAAAAUCUUCAAAGGCAUUUGACGUCAUCGCACCAACUCUUUGUCGACAUGACAAAUGCCAGUGUGUUACAGCUCUUUCAGCUCAAAUACAGAGUGUUGCUGCUGUGUGCUGAUUCAGAUUUGAUAACAAGCAAAAUAUUGGAUUAAAAAGUGGAGGUCGGAUGACCUCUUACCUCUCAGCCUCACAUGUUAGUCUCUUCUUUACCCGACGUAACGUUUGAUGCAUGCAGUGUUGGUUGAGUGUGUUGCUAUCUUUCUGAUAUCCAACUGUCAUGAGGUCAUUCAUUUUCAGGAAAUAAACUUUGUAUUUACUACA